AUGUCUGAACCUUCAGAAGCAACUCCUGUUGCACAAGCAACCGAUGUCCCUACUAGGGACAAAACAUCAGAACAGAUGUUUGACGAGCUAAACAAAAUCCCCUUCUUCAUGCAAAGUUUAGAUGAAGCCGGUGAUGAGGCAGAGGAGAACCUGGAGCUCGAAGCUCUGAAAGCAAUGGCCUAUGAAGGAGAGCCUCACGAAAUUGCUCAAAAUUUCCGAGAACAUGGAAACGAGUGUUUCAAGCAGAAACAGUACAAGGAAGCCAUUGAAUACUACACAAAAGCUAUCGCUCAAAAAUGCGGUCAUACAGACAUUGAAAUUGCCUGUUACUCUAACCGUGCUGGCUGCAACUUAAUUUUUGGAAAUUAUAGAAAGGUGCUCGACGACUGUGCACAAGUACUGAAACGUGAUCCAAAACAUGUGAAGGCGUAUUACCGCUCAGCUAAGGCUUUAAUUGUCUUAAAGCGUCUGGAUGAGGCGGAAAAAUGUUUGGAUGUUUGCAAAAGUGGAAAUGCUGACGAUCCUGCUAUCGUGCUACUAGAAAAAGAGCUUAUAACAAAGAAGAAACAACAAGAAAAAUUGCUUGCAGAAAAAGCUAGACGUGAGCAGAGCGAAGCGCUCCGUCGGGAUGCAUUAACCAAUGCUUUAAAGCAACGUUCCAUUAGAGUUGUUGCUUCAGAGGAGUCACCCGACAUGGGAGAUGCCAAACUUCAUUUAGAAGUGCCAGAAGAUGCUUCUAGUGAGUUGUUUUUCCCUACAAUUUUGCUCUAUCCUUUGGAAUCCCAGUCAGACUUCGUUCCAGCUUUAUCCGAGCAUUCGACUGCCCAGGAUCUCUUAAACACGGUGUUUGAGACACCGGCUGAGUGGGACACAUCGGCGGAGUACCGUCCUAAUGUUGUGGAUGCAUUUAUUCAAACAAGUACAGGCGGACUCGUCAAAGUUGGUAAACGCGUGCCCAUUCUCAAGGUCCUUCAGCAUCCCAAGGUGGUAGUCAUGGAUGGAAUUAUUCAACUUAUUGUCGUUCCUAAGAACAAAACUGCAGAAUGGCUUGCUACUCGAAAGACUCAAGCAUGA